UUUCUCCAAUUUUUUCUUUUCUGUUUUCAAAAGCCAAUCAACGAACAACGCUGUUCAGUCAAAAUAAUGUCAUUCUUUUCAACAGAAAUAACCGUCUGAGUGUCUGGCAUUUUUCAAAGCCACCACAGAGAGAGAGAGAGAGAGAGAGAGUGGCAAGCAACAAUAGCAAUAGCAGACAAUAAAGAACAAAAACCAUAGACCCAGCGGCCCUUCACAUGACUAAACCCACCGACGACAUUAUCUAUGCCUCCAUUGCAUCACCACCACGACCACUACCUCCAUCCCCAUCAUCCUCAUCAUCACCACCAUCAACCCGUCAACAUUUUCAUGCCACACAAACACAAUCAUUCUUCCCCAAUGUUCAUGUCCCUGACCAACAUGCCUCUGCCUCUCCCCCUCAUCAUCACAUCAAUGAUGUCCCUGAGGGUAACGAUAAUGCCUUUGAUUCUACAUUGCUGAAACAUGAGACUAGUGAUGAUGUUUACGGGGGAAAUCAUUUUGAUGUUGGAAGCCACGGAGAACCUCAAUUGAGGAAACGUGGCACUAGUAUUGAAGAAAUUAAGACUCCUUUGGAUGAUAUGAUAGAAGUACAACCAUCACUUGGCACAUCAAUGGUUCAAAGAACCUCAAUUGAUAGAGAACCGCUCCAAAAACUAUGUAGGCAUCAGCCUAAAAUUUUUACCUCCAAACGAAUGAGUACCUGCAUUAUAGCUUCUGAGAGUACACGCAUUAUUUGUGCUCUCAUAAUAGCAUUCUUAGCGGUUUUAUCCUAUGUUGAUUAUCCAUUAUUUGGGAGAAACAUAGUGAAGUCAGAGAGUGUUGUAGCCUCAAGACCUCUUUACAUACUUCUGCUAACUGAUGUGACAAUUGUGCUUGUACUAUUGCACUUUGAGAAGCUAAGAGGCCCUGAAGAGGCAGAGGAAGAAGAAGUGGCACCUCCGAAAGAUAGAGAUAACUGGGCAGAAGCAGAGAAGGUUUUAGAGAGAGGCCUGGUGGUGUACCAGGCCACCCGUGCGAUCUUCAUUGACUGCAGUGUUUAUUUAGUGGUUGUCAUAUGUGGCCUCUCUCUGGUGUAGCUCUGCUGCAAUGAUGAUUAAACUUAUUUCUAUUCUACUUAUUAAUUUAUCUAUCCCAUUGAUGUAAAUGAAAGGAAUAGUAAGAAAGAGCAUGUAUUUUGCCUAAAACAAUGACAUGUAACCAAAGUGGCCUUCAGUUUGAUCGCCUCCCAUUUAACUUC